UGAAAAUGUAAAGCAGUCAAACGCACUCUAUGUAUUUAUAAAUGACGUAAACCGUGAAGUGACAGAGAAAACUGAAAAAAAUGUUUGCACAGAUCCCACAGGGACAAACAGAUUCUAAUAAUCCUGUUCUUUAUGAGGAAGUGAAACUUUCAAAGUCUGCCAGAGAAAGAGAAAAAUAUGACAACAUGGCUGAAUUAUACGCUGUGAUAAACACACUACAGAGUUUAGAGAAAGCCUACAUAAAAGAUGCUGUUCAGCCCAAAGAGUACACUGGUGCAUGCUCAAAGCUCUUGGUGCAAUAUAAAGCAGCAUUCAAACUUGUUCAGGGAGAUUUUUCAACAGUAGAACAAUUCAUGAAAAAAUACAGGUUGGACUGCUCUGCUGCUCUGGAAAGAAUAAAAGAGGAUCGACCAAUCACAAUCAAAGAUGGGAUUAGCCAAGGCAACACAAGUAAAGCUAUCGCAGAUAUUGUGUCGCUGUUUAUCACAGUAAUGGACACUCUAAGAUUAGAAAUCAGAGCUAUGGACAAGCUUCAACCUGAUCUGAAAGAAUUAAUGGAAACCAUGAACAGAUUAAGUAUAUUACCCAGAGACUUUGAAGGCACUCAGAAAGUUAAAAAAUGGUUGGACAUAUUUGAUGAAAUGUCUGCCUCGGAGGAACUGGAUGAUAACCAAGUGCGACAGAUUCUGUUUGAUUUGGACAGUGCUUACAAUGCCUUCAACCGCAUACUGCAUGACCACUGAAACACCAGCUGGAAUAUGAAUGUUGUUCUCUGCGUGACUCAAGAUCUUGAUUUUCUCAUUUGUCUUUUAGCCAGCCAUUUAAAUUUGGCUAAAUUUUAACAUAUUGUCAUGACCCACAUCUGUAUGGUCGGUUUAUAGAGAGUACCGUUUUGUUGACAUCAUAAUGACAAUUGCAGUGCUAGUAUUCAUUACAUGUGUGCUGAUUGAUAGGAAGUAAUGUUCACGAAAAUGGUCAAGCUUUUUCGAAAAAAAUGUUCAUUUAGAAUAAAAACAUUUUAAUACAAUGUACUACUAUCAGUAGUGAAAUAUUGAUGAAAUUGUAUGAUACAUCUGUAUGCUGAUACCAGUACAUGUGUAAUAUUGUGAUUUGUUCUGUUUUGAUGAUGGAAAAAGGACUUUUAAUGAUACUUGCAUUUAUUUUGCAUCAUGGUUUCAAUUAAUCAUAGUUUGAUUGAAUUGUAUUAACUUAACACAGAUAUUCCUAAUAUUUACUUUAUGAAUUAUGAAUAAAACGAAAAAAUAUAAAUGCUUACAAUUGACUCUGAGAAAUUCACAUCCAGGAGUUGGGAAAAAAUAGGUAUUCAGGGCAAAAAUAAAACGGGGUCAAAUGUAACUCAUCUAUUAUAGAGUAAAAUGUUAUGUACACAUUUAAUGAUGAAAUAUUUCUAUCACCCGAUGCUUGCUCAGAAAAGCAGGUGCACUUGAGUGCCCACCCAAAUUUCAUAUCCCUCCAGUGUAAAUGUUGGGAGUGUGCUUGUGAACACCUGCUUUACUGAACGUGCCUCUACCAUAAAGCAAACAGGCUGAGUGGUGAAUAUUAAGUUAUCCAUCAGACCCACCAUUACAAAUUUGAUGCAUGAUUUUUGAUGCCCAAAUGAAAAAAAAAACCCAAAUUUUUAAGCUAUAAAAUGUGAAUACACCUUCAUUUCCAGGAGUUUUAAUACAUAUUGUAUAUAUGUAGAAUAGCUCAAUAUAGUCAAGACCAUCCAUCCUUUCUAAAAUUAAAAACCCAGCAAGAUUUGUCUGAUCUCUAUUGUAUGUUUGUAUUUGUAAUGAAUAAAAAGGUAACACAAUA